AUAAAUAAAUAAAUAAAAAUGGAAGCCAUAUGGGUUACUCUUGGUUGCUGGUAAUAUAGUUUAAAUUUGACAUCUGGAAUAAAACAAGUCAUCAAAAUAGGAGAAGAAUCUCUUAUUAAAAGUACAUUAUUUCAUUACAUUCAACAUUCCUGAGAAGCAGCAAUGUUGUCUUGGAUGUAUUGGUUACAAGGAAUAUUUUAGAUGGCUUCAAUGCUAAUUAGUGUGCAAUGUGAAUCCACCAGUGCCUGUGGUUUGCCCCAUAUACCACUCAUGAGGUAUUUAAGGCCCUUAUUAUAAACUUAAAACUUUAAACUUAAAACUCCAGAAUCUGACUGUGCUAUACAACUGAGCCUACCUUUCUUGAAACUAUGAGUUUUUAUAACAACUUCCAUUGUGGCCAGGGCUAUGCCAAAGGAGGCCUGGGCUGCAGCUAUGGCUGUGGUCAUAGUGGCUAUGGCUAUGCCUUCUACUGCCCAUGGUGCUAUGAAAGAUCUUGGUUUUCUGGCUGCUUCUGAGAAAUUCAACAUUGCUGAUCUGUUUAGGCCAUUGUCUUAUAAGCUAUGUUUUCUUCCCAUGUUAUUUAUAAUAACGACAUUUUUUCUGUUCAAAGAGUGACAACUAAAAUUUAGCCCACAUUGCCAUAUCAGAAUGUAUUUGAUCAGUUAGCUGGAAGUUCCAACAAUUUAAUCAAACAAAAACAGAACCUUUCAUGUUGUGUUACUAGUAUAUGAUUAAGUACAAAUAAUCUUAAGUAUUUUCAUUUGGGAAAAUGUCUAAAUUUAUUUUUCAUCAAAAGUAAUCUAUUUUGCAAAGCUACAGCAUUUUCCUACCUAUAUUUAUUUAUC